AUGGCCAUGUCUCCCAGCAAGAAGUUGCAGCGCUCUCCUAUCGAGUCGACCGAGCCGCUGCCGGAGCCGGCUACAAGGCCGACACCAACACUACUACCGGCCUUUGGCGAAGAUGGCGUCUUCUCUUCAUCACCCUUUCCGCGUCCCGCAUCGAUAAAACGCAAGUUUGAAGACGACUCGCCCACGUUUCCCAAGCAGCUUAAGUACUAUCCAACUCCCCAGCCCACGUCGUCGACCAACAUUAUUUCCUCGUCGCCCCGCCAUGCCCGGCCGGGCUUCGAGCACACGUUUUCUGCCCUGUCAGAGAGGACCCCACUGGGUGCCGUGCCCACUGUGGACCUGCCAGCCGACGGCGAGAUUGUGCGCAUGGGACGUAGUUCAAACGCCUCGGAUUACCAGCUGUCUACCAACCGCCUGAUCUCACGCAUCCACGUCCAAGCCGCCUACCACGCGCCAAGCCCGCUCUAUCCCCAUGGUUACAUCGAGGUUGAAUGUCUGGGAUGGAACGGAGCUAAGAUCCACUGCAGAGGACGUAUCUUUGACCUGGCCAAGGGCGAUGUCUACACAUCGGAGAACCCAGAGACGGCCAUCAUGCUGGAUGUGCAGGACACCCGUGUCAUGAUUGCCUGGCCUACCGUCCCCACCUCAAAGUUCUCCUGGGACUCGGAAGAAGAGGGCAUGGCCACCCCCACCCAUAACCGUGUUCUGGAAGCCUUGGACUCUAGCCCUCCUGUCGUCCCGCGUUCACCCAUUUCGAGCCCGAUCCGCCCUCACGUCUUCGCCGGUCUUGGCACUACCAUCCAAACGGGAAACGUCCAAGUAUUCGAAGAUGCCGACGCCGGCGAAGUCAGCCCCAGUGUCGACAGCCCUGAUUCCGUCAAUGGAACUUUUAUCCGUCCGGCUAUUCCCUCAAAGACCAGCCACGACGCUCGUCCCAUCGACCCCAAGGCCAGCUUCAACUUUGCUGCCGAUGACUUCUCCGAUAACGACGAAGAGAACGACCCUGCCGUACACUCGUUCGGUCCCUUUGGCCAGAACCUGCUCAACGGUCUUGCCUCGUUCAACGCAUCGACGCCAGUUCAGUCCAACACCCCACUCAACCGUGCACCUUUGCUGUCGCCCUCACCCACCAAACGCCGCUGCAUCGAGCCCAUCCGCUUCAAGGAAUCACCGAUCAAGAACCAUGUCAUCAACCAGUUGGCAUUCUCGCGUAUCCACUCUCAACCCUUGUCUGCUAUUCACAGCAACCUCCCGGCCGAACUGAAGGCGUGCAUUGCAAAGGGUACAGAUGGCAAAAACAAAGAGGGAAACGGUGACUCUACACCUCUCCCCGAGCUGUCCAGGGAAGACUUGAAGAGGAUUCUAGACGACACUCCUUGCGUCGGCGAAAUCCCUCGUGCCGGCAAGGACGCUGCUGGUCAGCCACUCGAAAACGAGUUCUACUACGUACCGGAGAUGGACUCUAACCAGAUGAGGCGGGAGACCAUUACCGCUGGCACACGCAGCACGGGACUGCGUUCUGUCAGGAAGACUCACAAGCAAUACUACUGGAAGAAGCCUCGCGCCUGA